CAUAACCAGUACCAGCUUGCGACAUCCUGCUUGUUCCCUCUUCAGCUACUGCAGUUCUUUGGCGAAAGUUGUCUUUGUCUUUAUACAUCCCAAGAAGUUAAACUGCAACUUCAAGCAGAAGAAAGAGGAGUGGUGUCAAUCAAAGGUGUAAGUGCAAAUCGCUUUCUGGCUAUGAAGGAGGAUGGCAGAUUGCUGGCAUUGAAAUGUGCAACAGAAGAAUGUUUCUUUUUUGAGCGUUUAGAAUCUAAUAAUUAUAACACUUACCGAUCACGGAAAUACUCUGAUUGGUAUGUGGCACUGAAAAGAACUGGACAGUACAAACCUGGACCAAAAACUGGACCUGGACAGAAAGCUAUCCUUUUUCUUCCCAUGUCUGCUAAAAGCUGAUUUCCAUGGUGGAUUCCAAGCACGUAUGCCACACUACACUAAAGAGGUCAAGUUUCCUACUCCUUUCUGAAGUAGCAAAAAUAUAAGCAAUUCUUUGCUGAUAUUCACUACUUUUGAAGAUACCAGAUU